AUGGCAGCGUCCCUGUACCAGCAACCGACUGUGGUCGUGGUAGCUGGAUCUUCACUGCCCUCUCAGCCUUGGUGGAAAGCUCUCCAUCUCACUAUCAACACAUCUUUUCAAAAUAAAGACUUUGCCGCUUUUCCACCCACCUGGUCCCGUCUUCCCACCAACUCAAAACUGGCGGCAGAGAAACUAGCUGAAGAGCUUGGACCGCGUGGCCUGGUAGCAGUCGUGCUGCUCGUGGACCGACCCAUUGCAUGUGCUGGCGCGCUACCCUUUCGUGGCGACAACUGGAUUGAUGAUGUUGAAUCUGCAGACCAGGUUCCUGCCGAGAUUCAGCACGGUGAAAAUGGAACUACACAAGGCGAGACAGUGCUAGGAGCAUUCGAAACUGUUCCGAAUCAGAAAGCGCUGCCAAAUCCAAGUCAGCACGAUUGGGAAUUAUGUUGUGUCUGCGUGCAUCCUUUGCAUCGCAAAAUUGGUCUCAGUGUCAAGAUUCUGGACGCUAUAAGCAAUGCCAUAAGGCCUCUUGGAGCCAGGCGAUUGAUGAGUAACUAUGUCAUCGAAGAGACUGGAAUGUACUGGCCACAUUUGGGAUUCGAAACUAUACCAGGCGCUGGUGGGGUUCUCAAGAAGGGCUUUACUCACACUAAAGGCAUGCCUGGACUGAAAGCGGACAUUCAUUUCGCCAUGGGUUGCAAGAAUAUCUGA